CAGCCAACUUCCAACUUUCAAUCCCAUCCAGCCCAUCUUCAGCCCACUCGUUUGGCCGAGCAACGAAGUAAAACCCUGGCCAUGACAUAGGAGGGUAAUAGCACACUACAUUCGCACGCUUUAACAGUCAUUCGUUCCAGAUACACAAUUAUAUACUUCCGUUAAUUAAUGAAUACUAAUUCCACCCUUGGCUUUUUUUAACCUCGCUUUUUACUUUCGUUUUCCUCUUUUAGGAUCCGAUCAUCUCGAUUCUCCAUCUCUUGAUCAUCCGCCCGGGCUCGGUCAGCUCUGACCAGUCAUCCACGACGUAUCCCUCCGUCGAAUAACUACUACUAUUGCUUGUAUAUCGUCGAUAUCAUUCGCUAUAACCUCCCGUGUCUCCGCUCCCAUCUCCGCCUCCCGUCCGCCUACCUCGUAGUCAUCCCGACGACCCGACGACAUCCCGAACUCCCAUAGUCGCCCGUCGCUGACAAGAUGGGCGGCUUCGGCGACUUCACCGACAUCUGCCACACGGCACCUCUGCCGCUGUGUCCAUCCGUCGGCCCCAUCACCUCCAUCUCCAGCGGCGUCGGGAUCGAGACCGACUGCUUUGCGCGAAAUAUCGAGCUGGCGAACACGAUCAUAUUCCAAGGCGCGUCGAGCUUCAUGCACAUCAUCGCCCUGGGCAUGACCGUGGUGAUGAUAUUGCAUAUCCGAGGGAAAUUUACCGCCGUCGGUCGCAAGGAGAUCUUAGCUUUCUUCUACUUCUACAUGCUGUUGUCGUUCUUCUCGCUUUUAGUCGACGCCGGUGUCGUACCCCCUGGCUCCGAUCCGUAUCCUUACUUCGUCUCCAUACAGGGCGGUCUCACGUCUGCGCUGGUCACCUGCUUGCUGAUCAACGGAUUUGUCGGCUUUCAACUCUACGAAGAUGGUACUCCCUUGUCGGUGUGGAUGCUCCGGGUCAGUUCGUUCGCUGCCUUUGUCGUCACGUUCCUGGUAUCGCUAGCUACAUUUAAAUCAUGGGCUGGAAUGGGCCCCGCAAAUACCGUUGGGCUAUUCACGGUGCUAUAUCUCCUCAACGGCGUGCAGCUCGUUAUUUACAUAGCCUUGCAAAUUCUGCUCGUUGUCCGGACUUUGGAGGACCGUUGGCCGUUGGGAGAUAUCGCUUUUGGUAUAUUCUUCUUCGUCGUGGGCCAGGUCAUCUUGUAUGUGUUUAGCUCCACGAUUUGCCAGGCCACAAGUCACUACGUGGACGGCUUGUUCUUUACGACUAUUUGCAACCUGCUCUCUACUAUGAUGGUUUAUAAGUAUUGGGAUUCGAUCACAAAAGAGGACCUCGAGUUUUCCGUCGGCACGCGGAUGAACAACUGGGAAGUGAAGGAACUCCUACCCGAAGAGGACCGCCGCACGACUGUGUACAUGGACGAAUCCUACGGCCAAAGCCCAUACGACCACUCUUCUUCGCCUUCGGGGAACCGAAUGUCCCGCUACUAGUUACCUGGGAUCGAGGAAUUCUCGGAGAGCGAGAAGGAAGAGAGCGAAAACGGGGAGAUCGUCUAUUACGAAGUGGUCUGAAAAGAUGGCGAGCAGGUUGCAUUUGCUAGGCGUCUCGGCUUUCUUGGGAGAAACUCAUACGUGGGGUUUUUUUUAUUGGACAAACAUAUUAAGCCUACUUCAGGUAUUUCAAUAUUAGGGUAUUAGCACCGACAGCGAUUGCUUUUUGGGAGAGGGGAGGGUUGGAGGAGCGAAGAGGAGAGGAGGGUGAAUAGGAUUAAGAGCCGUCGCGACAAAAGGUCGAUUAAUAGGUAUCUACGUUGUAUAUACUACACAAUUCACACGAAUAUAUGAAUGGAAUAAGAUUCGAUGA